UCCAGCACGGAGACUCGCCUGGCCAAAAGACCGCGCCUCACACUUGCCAGGAUUGCCAAAUAUUCCUGAAAAAUAUACCUGCUAUUUAUGGCAUGUGGCUUGUAACUUUACUCCUGCUGUACUCUCUCCAAGAAGUACACAGUGAGGAUGUGGGCUCCACCAGGCUGUACUUUGUGAAUGCCUCCCUGCAGAGGGUUACCUACUCCAGCUCGGUGGGGGUGUCCCUGCCCUGUCCAGCAGGGGGCACCCCCAGUGCCAUACUGCGCUGGUACCUGGCCACCGGCGACGACAUCUACGACGUGCCCCACAUCCGACACGUGCACGCCAAUGGCACCCUGCAGCUGUACCCCUUCUCCCCCUCCGCCUACAACAGCUACAUCCACGACAACGACUACUUUUGCACUGCCGAGAACCAAGCCGGCAAGAUCCGCAGCCCCAACAUCCGUAUCAAAGCAGUUUUCAGGGAGCCCUACACGGUGCGGGUGGCGGACCAGCGCUCUAUGCGGGGCAACGUAGCCGUGUUCAAGUGCCUCAUCCCCGCCGCCGUGCAGGAGUACGUCAGCGUCGUGUCCUGGGAGAGGGACACAGUCUCCAUCGUACCAGGUAACAGGUUCUCGCUGACCUCCUUCGGGGCUCUUUACAUCUCUGAUGUUCAGAAGGAGGAUGCCCUCUCCACCUACCGGUGCAUCACAAGACAUAAGUACAGCGGCGAGACGCGCCAAAGCAACGGAGUCCGGCUCUCUGUCAUGGACCCCAACGAGUCCUCCCCUACCAUCCUGGACAGUUUCCAAGCAGGCGAGGUGAACACAGGCCAGAGUAUCGAGCUCCCUUGCAUAGCGGGAGGGUAUCCCACCCCCACGGUGCGCUGGCUAAAAGACGGUCGCCCACUGCCCUCAGACGCCCGCUGGACACGGCGUUUGACGGGGCUGACCAUCAGCGACCUGAGGCAGGAGGACAGUGGCAGCUAUGCAUGCGAGGUCACCAACAGCUUUGGCUCAAAGGAAGUGUCUGGACAGCUUCACGUUAUAGAUCCACUACGAGUCACCCUGUCCCCUAAGAAUCUGAAGACCGGCAUCAGCAGCACGCUGUUCUUCACCUGCACUGUGGAGGGCUCUCCGGAAUACACCAUCAACUGGUACAGCAACACGGAGCCCAUCGUCCCGGACCAGCACAUCUCCAUCCAGGGACAACACAACGACACCCUGCAGAUCACUGCGGCUCAAAAGUUCCACUCCGGGGCCUACCAGUGCUUCGCCUCCCGAAAGGGCCACACCGCUCAGGACUUUUCCAUUAUUCUGCUAGAGGAUGGUACUCCUCGUAUUGUGUCUUCCUUCAGCGAGCGCGUGGUGAACCCCGGCGAGCCUUUCUCCCUCAUGUGUGGCGCCAAAGGAGCCCCGCCCCCCUCCAUCACCUGGACGCUGGACGACGAGGCCGUGGUGCGAGACUCCACCUACAAGACCAGCCAGUACACCCUGUCGGACGGCCUGACCGUGUCGCACGUCAACGUCAGCAGCCCACUCAUCCGGGAUGGGGGAGUGUAUCGUUGCGUCGCACGCAACUCGGCCGGUAGCGCCGAGUACCAAGCGCGCAUAAACGUAAGAGGUCCACCCCGAAUCAGACCCAUGCGGGACAUCACCGCUGUGGCGGGCAGGAACACCUACAUAACGUGCCGGGUGAUUGGCUACCCGUAUUACUCCAUCAAGUGGCUGAAGGACGGCAUGCAGCUGCCCGAUAAUCACCGUCAGGUGGUGUUUGAGAACGGCACCCUGAGGCUGACGGACGUGCAGAAGGGCGCGGACGAGGGCACCUACUUGUGUAGCGUUCUGAUCCAGCCCCAGGUGUCUAUCAACCAGACCGUUCAUGUCACUGUCAAAGUGCCGCCGCUCAUCCAGCCCUUUGACAUCCCCUCUACCUCAGUGGGGAAGCUCAUGUACAUUGCCUGUGUGGUGUCAUCUGGGGACAUGCCCAUACGCAUCACCUGGCACAAAGACGGCCAGCUCAUCGUGCCAGGCUCCGCCUCUGGCGUCGCUAUAGAGACCAAAGAGUUCAUGAGCUCCCUGCAAAUAUCCAAGGUGACACUGAAGCACAACGGAAACUACACCUGCAUCGCCAGCAACGCCGCCGCCACCGUCAGCUGGGAGAGGCAGCUGAUUGUAACCGUGCCUCCACGCUUCACGGUGCAGCCCAACAAUCAAGAUUGCAUCUAUGGCAAAGCUGGAGUUCUCAACUGCUCUGUGGAGGGUUACCCACCUCCAAAAGUCAUGUGGAAGCAUGCCAAAGGUGUAGGAAACCCUCAGCAGUACCACCCAGUCCCUCUGACUGGCCGAAUCCAGAUCAUGUCAAACGGCUCUCUGCUCAUCCGACACGUGCUGGAGGACGACAGAGGCUACUACCUCUGCCAAGCCUCUAACGGCGUGGGCUCAGACAUCAGUAAGAGCAUGAUCCUCACUGUCAAAAUUCCCGCCAUGAUCACCAGCCACCCCAACACCACCAUGGCCAGGAAGGGCCAGACCAAGGAGCUGAACUGCACGGCACGCGGGGAGCAGCCCAUCAUCAUCCGCUGGGAGAGGGGGGACACCGUCAUCGACGCCGAAAGAAACCCCCGCUACUCCAUAACCAUCAACAAGAAGGGGGACGAAGUCAUCUCCACGCUUAAGCUGAACCCGGCCGAGCGAGGAGACUCUGUCUUCUUCUCCUGCCACGCCAUCAACUCCUAUGGAGAGGGUCGAGGGCUCAUCCAACUCACUGUGCAAGAACCACCAGACCCCCCUGAACUGGAGGUGAGGGAGGUGAAAGACAGGAGCAUGAACCUGCGCUGGAUCCAGAGGUUCGAUGGAAAUAGCAUCAUCACCAGCUAUGACAUCGAGUACAAGAACAAAUCAGACUCCUGGGAUCACAUGUACACCACCAGGAACAUUUCACCCACCAACAACCAGGCCAACAUCGUGGAGCUGCACCCGGCCUGCGUCUACAGCAUCCGCAUGUACUCCUACAACAAGAUAGGCCGCAGCCUUCCCAGCAAAGAGCUCACUAUCAGUACUGAGGAAGCCCCUCCUGAUGGGCCGCCGAUGGAAGUCAUCCUCACACCGAUGACAUCUCAGAGCAUACGUGUUACAUGGAGGGCUCCGAAGAAGGAGCUGCAGAACGGGGUGAUCCGAGGCUACCAGAUCGGUUACAGAGAGAACGGUCCGGGCAGCAACGGCCAGUACAGCAUAGUGGAGAUGAAAGCUACGGGGGACAGUGAAGUGUACACCUUGGACAACCUAAAGAAGUAUGCCCAGUACGGGGUGGUGGUCCAGGCCUUCAACAGGGCCGGAACGGGUCCAUCCAGUACUGAGAUCAACGCUACCACGCUGGAAGAUGUUCCCAGCGAGCCCCCGCAGAACGUGCGAGCCAUCUCCGUGACGUCGGACGAGGCGGUGAUCACGUGGUCAGAGCCUCCACGGCUGACGCUGCACGGUGUGCUGAAAGGCUACCGCGUUGUGUUCUGGUCCCUCUUCCCCGACGGAGAGUGGGGAGAGAUGCAGAACAUCACCACCACCCGUGAACAGGUGGAGCUGCGAGGGCUGGAGAAGUUCACCAACUACAGCGUCCAGGUGCUGGCCUACACACAGGCCGGGGACGGGGUCCGCAGCAACGUCCUGUACAUCCAGACCCGCGAGGACCUUCCUGGUCCACCGGCGGGCAUCAAGGCCGUCCCCUCCUCUCCCAACAGUGUGGUUGUGUCCUGGUUGCCGCCACUCAAACCAAACGGUGUUAUCCGCAAGUACACCAUCUACUGCUCCAGCCCGGGGUCCCUGCAGCCGGUAAGUCCUUCCUCUGUGGGUGCACCCAGCGAGUACGAGGCCAACCCAGAGAUGCUCUUCUACCGCAUCACGCACCUCACCCGCGGUAAACAAUACCACAUCUGGUCUGCAGCCGUGACAACAGCCGGCCGAGGCAACAUCAGCUCAAAGGUCACAGUGGAGCCUGCUGGGAAAGUCCCGGGUAAGAUCCUGUCCUUCGGCGGCACGGUGACCACCCCCUGGAUGAAGGAAGUGCGUCUUCCCUGCGGCUCCGUGGGAGAACCCGCCCCAACAAUUAAAUGGAGCAAAGACAGUGACGACACUGCCAUCCCGGUGACGGCCGACAGCCAGCGGCAGAUCCUAUCCAACGGCACGCUGGUGCUGCGUUCAGUCAAAGCGGAGGAUUCUGGGUACUACACCUGCACGGCCACUAACACUCUGGGCUUUGACACCAUCAUAGUCAACCUGGUGGUGCAAGUUCCUCCAGAUCAGCCGCGUUUGACCGUCUCCACCACCUCUACCUCCUCCAUCACCCUUGCUUGGAUCCCUGGGGACAACGGGGGAAGCUCCAUCAGAGGAUUUGUGCUGCAGUACUCGGUUGACAACACAGAGGAAUGGAGGGACGUGUUCAUCAGCUCCAGCGAGCGCUCCUUCAGGCUGGACAAUCUGCGCUGUGGAACCUGGUACAAGGUCAAGCUGGCCGCCAAGAACAGCGUGGGCUCAGGACGCAUCAGUGAGAUCAUCGAAGCCAAGACGCAUGGAAGAGAACCAGUAUUCAACAAGGAUCAGCCGCUGCUCACACACAUCAACUCCACUCACGCGGGGAUCAACCUGCAGGGCUGGACCAGCGGCGGCUGCCCCAUCACUGACAUGAUGCUGGACUUCAGGCCCAAAGGCACCUGGGCGUGGCAGAGCCUUAAAGCCAACUCCACCUCUCAGCUGUUCCUCAGCGAGCUGCGCGAGGCCACCUGGUACGAGCUGAAGAUGAAGGCCUGCAACAGCGCGGGCUGCGGCAACCAGAGCUCCCAGUUUGCCACCACCGACUACGACGGCAGUACAAUCCCUCCCAUUAAAUCCGCCCGUGGAGAAGGGGAUGAUGUGAAGAAACUGUUCUCCAUCGGCUCUCCUGUCAUCCUGGUCACCCUGGGCAUCGCUUUGCUCUUUAUAAUCCGCAAGAAACGCAAGGAGAAGAGGCUCAAACGACUUAGAGAUGCUAAGAGCCUCGCUGAGAUGCUUAUCAGCAAGAACAAUCGCAGUAUAGACACUCCGGUGAAGGGCCCUCCUCAAGGACCGAGGCUCCACAUUGACAUCCCACGUGUCCAGUUACUCAUCGAGGACAAGGAAGGCAUCAAACAAAUAGAGGACAAGGCAGCGGUGCCGGUGACAGACACUGAGUUCAGCCAAUCAGUGAAUCCGCAGAACUUCUGCACAGGCGUGUCUCUGCACCACCAGGCCCUCAUCCAGAACUCUGGGCCUCUGAUCGACAUGUCCGAUAUCCGCCCAGGCACGAAGCUGUCCUCUGAUCCUCUCUCAGACCCAGUGUCCAGGAAGAGCAUAAAGUCCGCCCACAGCUCCAGGAACAGAUACUCCAGCCAGUGGACGCUGAGCCGGCCGAGCCAGAGCCAGUCGACGGCCUCCGCCCGAACUCUGACCUCCGACUGGCGGACGAUGGGCUCUCACGGCAUCACCGCCACUGAGAGCGACAGCUACAGCGCCAGCCUGUCGCAGGACACAGAUAAGGGUCGGAACAGCAUGGUGUCCACAGAGAGCGCCUCCUCCACCUACGAGGAGCUGGCCAGGGCCUACGAGCAUGCCAAGCUGGAGGAGCACCUGCAGCACGCUAAGUUCACCAUCACAGAGUGCUUCAUCUCCGACAGCUCGUCCGACCAGAUGACCACAGGCACCAACGACCCCGCAGACAGCAUGACCUCCCUGAGCACGCCCUCUGAGCCCGGCAUCUGCCGCUUCACUGCCUCGCCGCCCAAACCGCAGGACUACGACCGCGGGAAAAAUGUGGCGGUGCCCAUUCCCCACCGCGCUAAUAAAAGUGAAUUCUGCAACCUCCCCCUCUACAUGAAGACAGAUCCAUUCUUCCGCAAGCAAGGGGAGCUGCACGACCCGUGCCCAGCAGUGCCGCCGCGGGAAGCCUCCAUCCGCAGCCUGACGCAGCGGGCGUACCACACCCAGGGCCGCCACAAGACUCUAGACCCCAGCAAGCAGCAGGUCCUGACGCUGGGCCACUCCGGGCUGAGCAGCCUGGGCGCCAGCUCGGGCACUUCCACCCUCCCCCAGAGGACUCUCACCAUGCCCAGCUCCAACACCGCGGCCACAGCCUCCACCUCCAGCACGAGCAGCAACAGUAACAAGGUGGGCGGCUCCAGAGACUCGCUGCUGGAGAGUAGCUCCUCCGCUCUGGGGAGACUGCAGAAACAGAGCGCGGGGGCGUACUCCAAGUCAUACACGCUGGUGUAGCCGCCGUCCUGCACAGACUUGCUGUCCCGCUGCUGCUCUCCAGUCUGGGUCAGAAAGGGCAUGCCACCAUCUUUCUAUCAAACCUGACUAAUGGUGAUCUGCCCAGCGUGGCUCUAAUUUUCUUCGGGAUAGGUUCCUCCCGGACAGAGACCCAGCUAACCCUACUUUAAUGUUCACCUGGGACUCUUUAAAAGAAUUACUAACUCCAACUAACAGAUCCAGCCGGCUGGUGCUCGGCUCGGCUCCGCCCGCAGGAGUAGCACAGCUAAAAAAACAGGAAGUGAUUCUGUGGUCAUUUGGAUAUAUUGACUUUAAUUGAGGAGCUGAAGCUCUUUGUUUAUGACGAUGAAGACUACGAUAGCCAGUAUGAAGCUGUGUGGCCAUCCUGUCUCUCAUGCGCACACGCAUACUGUCCUCCAUAGUUUCAGUAUUAUUGUCGAUUUGCAGGACUUCCAGUUCAGUUCCCUAUUCUUACUGUUUCUCUUGCCCUCUGUGUGUCUCCUAAAGUCCCAAAAAGAUAUUGGCAUAUGUUCUCUUUACGGUGAAUCCAAAAGAAAAGAUUCAGGUUGUCCUCCAAGAAAGAUCGAUCACAUCAGCGCCCUGCACACACCUCUCUCCAGCUGAACAGUGUCUCACUUUUUAAACAAAUCACGACAGCCCAAAUAAGCCCGUUCUCACAUCACAAAUAGAGAAUAUUUGGUAUUAUAAAGAAUUUACAUAUAUAUUUCUAUGUAGGUAUAUUAUUGACAUUUAAAUGAAAUUAUGACAAAGUAUAAAUUGUAUGUACUACCAUAGUGUAGUAGUAUAUACAGCAAUUUAAUGUUCAUGUCAAAUUUAAGAACGAGACAAUCGCUCAAUCAUGGAAUUUAACGAAGAGAAAUUUAAAAUAAAAAAGGUUGGACUAAAGAAAGAAAUGUAAGUAUGUAUACGGGGUGCUCUGUAUGUUACUGUAUGAAGAGAAGAGUGUUUGUCUCCUGUAUGGACAUGGAGCGGCCCCUCCCAAGCCCAAUGUUGAGAGGGGAAAAUACUUUUAAAAUGUUAUUUUAGUUUGAGUUUCUGAAAGGAAGGCUGGGUCAACGAAGGAUCGUCUCCCUGGUUUAAACUCUGCUGUUUAUUAUGGAAACAAUCUAAUGUCCUGUAGCGUUUAAAGACCCAUGAAUAAGGUUUAUGUUCUGAUACAGUAUUAACGCAGAAAGGAUCCCAGCGAUGAUGUGAAUGAAGUCAAAAUACUAUAAUAUUGAGCGAUGAUAUACGUCAGGGAGUUCAGCUUUGAAAAAUGAUAUAAUGAUCACUCAAUUGAUAUCUUUGUUGUUGCCCUGUCUGAAGUACUGUACAUGUCCCGCCUUCUCCCCCCCCCCCCCC